UAAAACUGUAUUCCUAGAGACGUAAGUGCAUUUGCCUUGAGUGCAGCGGUUAUCAUAGUGUGGCCAUACACCAUAUUAGUGGUACCUUAGUGGUAGUGAAGUGACGGACUUGAUACAAGAUGAAGGGUUGCGUUUUAGCGUUUUUAGUCCUGGGAAUCGUGGCGGCGAAUGAAAUUGACAAUGAGAUGUCAACAACAGAAGACUCACUAAAACGUGGCCUCACAAACAAAUGCGUAUCACGAGAAACGUCAUCGUGUAUCGCCAUCGAACUAGUCGGUUAUGUAGAUAGAAUGCUGAGAACCGCUGCCUUCCAGCUGUCAGACGACCUCAUGAUUGUGGAUGAGAGCAAUGGGGCCGCAGCUGAAAUGCCAAUCAAACCAGAAUCCCUCGCGAGAGCGGGAACAUCACUAGAAGACCAAGCACAACAGCUGAUCAUGGACAAACUAUGGAACUUCGCGACCACGCGGUCGUUUAGGUAUAGGCUACUCGACAAUGCUGAUGUCGUCAUCGCUGGCAAGACGGAAAAGGAUGGCACCUUAGGUGUUGGUGUGUCAAUGAAAGCUCACAAAGCCAUUGAAACUGGUAGAGCAAGGAACAAAAACAUGGGGCCAUUCCUCGCAGCCGCGGCCAUGAAGAUGGGUCUGCUGGGGGCCCUGACUUUCAAAGGCCUCUAUUUGAUGGUAGGAAAGGCCCUCCUGGUCUCCAAGAUCGCACUCCUGCUGGCAACGAUCAUCGGACUGAAGAAACUGUUCUCUCCUCAGGCUAUCAUCAAAAAGGACUAAUCAUAUUGGUGAAUGGGACCUGAUGGAGAUUGACGAAACCUUCACGGGUUUAACCUCAACUAACAAACUGCUGAUAUGGGAAAGUUAACAAUAAACUAAAAUAAAAAAAGUAGUUUAGUCACUUAUUUAAAAAAAACUCUAAGGCUGCUUAUACACUAUAUGGUUACCUGCCACGAUUUUGCGAAGUGCAACGUGU